CAGUGUGAUUUAAUAACUGCAAAUCAUAUACGUGCAAGUGAGAGAGCAGUAUAAGGAGGGCAGGUGGCAAAGCUUCCAAGGCCAAAAUACAUUACCAUCUAUUUUCUUAUUUGGCUUUUGGGGUUUUUUGAUUUUUUCUUUUUGGUUCUUUUUUUUCUCUCUGUUCCCCCCUUAUUUUCUGUUUAGCAUUUCAGUUUUCCAAGAAAAAAAAAAUCUCAUCAACCCAACGACAAGUACCAUUUUAUUUUGCUUAUUUGAUGCCACAGGUAAUGGCAAUUUGCUUUGUUAUGGCGUUUUCUAAAUCCAAUGAUUCUUGAGAAUCUUUAUCAUCAUCAGCUUUGUGAUUUUGCCAUAUAAUCUGCCUUCGCUUCCAUAGGGUACUUAAUUUAGUGCUCAUUGUUGAGGGGAUCUGUGAAAAUGAAUGGAGCUGUGCUUGUAGCUCUUGCAGCAGCCAUUGGUAAUAUGUUGCAAGGAUGGGAUAAUGCCACCAUUGCAGGUGCUGUUUUGUACAUAAAGAAAGAGUUUAAAUUGGAAAGUGCACCAACUAUAGAAGGCCUGAUUGUAGCCAUGUCUCUUAUCGGAGCCACCUGCAUUACUACAUGCUCAGGAGGCAUAUCCGAUUGGCUAGGUCGUCGCCCCAUGCUAAUAAUCUCGUCCGUCCUUUAUUUUCUUAGUGGUCUUGUGAUGGUAUGGUCUCCUAAUGUUUAUAUCUUACUUUUGGCAAGACUUUUGGAUGGAUUUGGGAUCGGUUUGGCCGUAACGUUGGUCCCGGUUUACAUAUCCGAGACUGCACCACCAGAAAUAAGGGGGUUGCUGAAUACCCUUCCACAGUUUACUGGUUCCAUUGGAAUGUUUCUAUCAUAUUGCAUGGUUUUUGGAAUGUCGUUGUCGGAAUUACCGAGUUGGAGAUUGAUGCUUGGAGUUCUUUCUAUUCCUUCCCUCGCAUAUUUUGGGUUAACUGUAUUCUACUUGCCUGAAUCACCAAGAUGGCUAGUAAGUAAAGGGCGAAUGAAUGAGGCGAAAGCAGUUUUGCAAAGGCUACGUGGCAGGGAAGAUGUUGCUGGUGAGAUGGCUUUGUUAGUUGAGGGACUGGGUGUUGGAGGUGAAACAUCGAUAGAGGAGUACAUAAUUGGCCCGGCAAACGACGACAUUGAAGACGAAGAUAUAUCUGCUGAUAAAGAUAGAAUCAAGUUAUAUGGACCUGAAGCAGGUCAGUCCUGGGUGGCCAGACCAGUCACCGGACAUGGUAGCAGUAUAGGCCUUGCGUCUCGGCAUGGAAGUGUAGUUAGCCAGAGUGCUCAGCGUCUUGUGGAUCCUCUUGUCACUCUCUUUGGAAGUAUCCAUGAGAAGGUCCCUGAACAAGGAAGCACACUUUUUCCGCACUUUGGCAGCAUGUUCAGCAUGGGAGGUAAUCAAGCUCGACAUGAAGAAUGGGAUGAAGAAGGUGGUGCUACCAUGGAGGGAGAGGACUAUGCAGCUGAUGGCCCCGGUAAUGAAUCCGAUGACAACUUGCAUAGUCCUUUGAUCUCAAGGCAGGCAACCAGCAUGGAUAAGGACAUUGUUCCAAAUGCCCAUGGAAGCCUUUCAAGCCUUAGACAUGGUAGUCUAAUGCAAUCAACUACGGGAGAAGCAGUUGGUAGCAUGGGGAUUGGUGGCGGUUGGCAGCUGGCAUGGAAAUGGACUGAAAAGGAAACCUCGGAUGGGAAAAAGGAAGGGGAAUUUAAAAGAAUCUAUUUGCAUCAAGAGACCGUACCUGAAUCUAGGCGUGGGUCAGUAGUUUCUCUGCCUGGUGGUGAUGUCCCUGCUGACACUGAGUAUGUCCAAGCUGCCGCUUUGGUGAGUCAGUCAGCCCUUUAUUCCUCAGAGCUUGUGAAGCAACAUCCGGUUGGACCAGCUAUGGUUCAUCCAGCUGAAACGGUAAAGGGACCAAGUUGGACUGAUAUCUUUGAACCCGGAGUCAAGCAUGCUUUAUUUGUAGGGAUUGGAAUUCAAAUACUUCAGCAGUUCUCUGGUAUAAACGGCGUUCUAUACUACACUCCCCAAAUUCUUGAGCAGGCAGGAGUCGGGGUUCUUCUUUCUAACUUGGGCCUCAGUUCAUCUUCUGCAUCGCUGCUUAUCAGUGGCAUUACAACCUUGCUGAUGCUUCCAAGUAUAGCUGUUGCCAUGCGGCUUAUGGAUAUUGCCGGUAGAAGGAGUUUGCUACUCAACACACUUCCUGUCCUGAUAAUAUCUCUUGUCGUCUUAGUCGUCGCUAGUGUUGUGAAAAUGGGGAGUGUUGUGCACGCAUCAAUCUCAACUGUUAGUGUUGUGCUCUACUUCUGUUUCUUUGUGAUGGGAUUCGGGCCAAUUCCCAAUAUACUGUGUGCCGAGAUCUUCCCGACACGGGUUCGUGGCAUCUGCAUUGCUAUAUGCGCCCUUACUUUUUGGAUUUGCGACAUCAUUGUCACAUAUUCGCUCCCGUUGCUGCUGAAAUCAGUUGGCCUUGCCGGCGUCUUUGGCAUGUAUGCAGUCGUAUGCGUUAUAUCAUGGGUGUUUGUCUUCUUAAAAGUUCCAGAAACCAAAGGCAUGCCUCUUGAAGUCAUUACAGAAUUCUUUGCAGUUGGUGCAAAGCAGAUUGCAGCUACCAAGGACAACUGAGUUCAGUUUAUCUCUUUGAUUUUCAUGGAUAUUGAAAGUUUUGAUUUUUGUUCAAAAUUUCUCCUUCUCAUUCGAAUAGGCAGAGUUUGAUUUAUGUAGAACAAGAAAAAGAAAACAUAAUGUGUUUCUCUAUUGUUUGUUGCAAUUCAAAGAGAAUCCUAUCUUUACGUA